AGGAAACUUCAGCAUGCUGCUGUGGAUGAGUUAUAUUUACAAUAAUAUCAAUGCCGCGUGCACUUUUAAAUUAAAUUAUUAUGGCUGAUAUCUUAGAAGCUGCUUUUAGGCGGUUUGCAUCAGCACCUAUAACGAGUGAUGUGAUAUUUCCCCGUCAUGUAGAGAGCAAUAGUAUAGUAGUCGGGGACAGAGAGAGCAGCAGAUGUGUGUUAUUUCUAGCAGCUGUGACUGCAGCCACUGAUCUGGGGCUCCAAGUAUUGUUUUUUACGCAGACACCUUUUGAGUCUCUACAGGUUUCAUUGAAAGGUUCAGUACCGGAGCUCAAACUCGAGGCUCUUAAGAACUUGAAGUUUGUGUAUGCAAAAACACUGGAGGAGUUUCUUGAGGACGUUGCGUCCCUCCACGAGCUGGUCUCUCCUCCCUCCCUUAUUAUUGUGGACGAUCUGGAGCGGUAUAUACAUGGGUCGAGAAGUGUACCCUUGCCGGACGAUCUAAGCCCUGUGGCCCAUGCGGCAGCCCUCCUUCAUGACACGGCAGCGUUUCUCACACAGGUCCUGCACAACAAAGGAGACAAUCAGGGUCCAUGCAGGUUCAUCAUCUCCUUUCAGGCCGCAUGUGAUGAAGGUGAAGCGCAGGCCGCAGAUCUUCUCCUUUCCGUGCUGGAGCGCUACCUGCAGGUGCGAUGCACUUUGGAGGAGGUGGUUGGUGAUGGGGAGACGGAGCGGAAGGAGUGGCAGGUGUAUCUGUCAUCUACACGUCCUUCACCGGACCAGCAGGGCGGCGGGGUACGGCAAUGGCAUCUGGUGAUGCAGUCGAGCGGUGCAGUGGAGUUUCGUCCAGUCGGUGAUGGAGAACGAAAGAUUACAGAUCAGCAGGAAAACAGCAAACGUGAUGUGGAGACUGAUGAUAAAUAACUGAUCGAACUUUUGAACUAUGAAAGAUUAUACUCAGUUACUAAGUUUAGAUUAUUGAAAAAAGAAAAAUGAUCUCUUCUCGACCAAACAAAGGUUUUGAGUUAAAAACUGAAUAAUAUGUAUAUCUAUACAC